GGUAUAUAAGCCAAGUCUUUUGUCACUUUUGCCAUUCAGCUUCGGGUGCCUUCUCGCAAUUCAUCAUGAGGACUUAUCUGUGCGUCGCUCUACUGCUUGUGGUGAUGCUGGCGGUGGUGUCCAUGGUGGCGGCCCACCCUGAGCCUGGGUAUGGCAGGGGUCAUGGUGGCUAUGGGUAUGGUGGCCACGGCGGAGGUCAUGGUGGAUAUGGCUAUGGUGGCUACGGCUAUGGCGGAGGAUACGGCGGUGGCAGGGGUCAUGGUGGCUAUGGGUAUGGUGGCCACGGCGGAGGUCAUGGUGGAUAUGGCUAUGGUGGCUACGGCUAUGGCGGAGGAUACGGCGGCUACGGAUAUGGACAUGGUCGCUAAAACUAAUUGAAAAGGAUGAUUGUGGCCGAAUAAAGCUAAGGAAGUUGAUUUAAAUAAAGACAAGGAAAUCGA